UGAUACUAAACAUAUUAAAUAUCUUCCAUGUCAGACACGACAAUAUAUUUGGAGUAUAACUAUAAGCUGCCAUAAUUAUACAUCCCGUUGAAAUGGUAGCUACUAUAUAUUUUAUGUAUUUCCAUAAUCCUGUACCUAAUGUUUCUGCAAUAUUAUCUAUUAUGUGAAGAGGCAGAAUUACAAGGUUUAAAAACAAAGGUUUAUUUGUUGAUUCGAUCUUAUCAAACCAUGAUUGCCAUCUUGUUGUUAAAGAAUACUUAAAUGGAAAAAGUACAGCACCACAUAAUAAGGCCCAAAUGAGUGGUUUUAAAAAUGGACUUAAUACUAUGUAUAAUCCAUAUCCAGCAGCAAGCACCAAACACAAUAAAAAAAGUGCCACUGCAUUAUAGAUACCCUGUUUUAAAGCUUUUUCAUGACUUGCAUUAAAUCCAGAUAGCAUAUUAAAAAGAUUAUCCAUUGGUGAUUUAAUAACGUCCAUAAUUUUCUAAAUUAUAUUUUAUAUUUUAUAAAUUAUACUAUUAUUAUUAUGUUUGAUUUUUAUUUAAAGGUUAGAACGAUAGUCCACCAUGUUGCAUACUAUAUAACACAUACAAUACAGCGCAUAACGUCUUUGAGUUAACCCUUAUAUGAAAUCAUAGCUAUAUAAGAAUUCGAUAAGAAACAUAUAUUGGUUUAUGUAUUUAUUAUAUAUAAGUUUCUUACAUGUAUAUAAAGGAACUUAGUAUAAAGCAACUAGAUUCAUUCUGGAUUUCAGAAUGAUUGCGAAACUGCAUUUCGUCGUCUCUUAAGAGAACAAAUAAUGAUAAUAAUAAUAAUAAUUUGAUCGUGAUUGAGAUAUCACACAAAAAAAUAUAUAUAAAAAAUGAUAACAAAUUAUUCCAUGUUCAAUAAAAUAAACAAACUUAAUUGACGUUGUAAAUACAUGAAUUAUCCAUGUAUUUUCAAUUGAAUCCAAAAAUACUUUUUAUCUAUAAUUGUAAAUUGUAUAUAAUGUUUCUAAUUUAGUUUCUAUGGAGACAGGGUAAUUGUUUAGCAUAUUUAAAAAAAGAUCUGUUAAAGAUUUUUGCGUUUCUUUUCUCUAUUAUGCAAUUUGUAUUUUAUUACUUGUACUUAAUUUCUUUUUAACAUUUUAAAUGUUUGAAUGAAUUAAUUAUGACAAUGUCUAAUUUACAAGACGUAAAAACAAAUUAUUUGUGUCAAUGUACUCUUUCUAUCACCGAUGAAAUUGUAUCAAAGCAAAUUUCUGAAACCAAAGACAAUUUUAAUAAUGUACCAAGUAUACAUGAAGUUGAUGAAAAUGAUGAUGAUGAUGAUGACGAUGAUAACUGUGAAACUAAUAUUAUUAAUUCAACAAAUUUACAAGAUAUUGAAGAUCAUGAAAUUGAAAAGGAUAAAGAAAAAAGUACCCUCGAGGAUGAAUUUGCAUAUACAAAUGAAUCUUUUUGUUCUGAUGAUUCUUGUGAUGAAUCAGAGGAAACUGCAUCACAAUAUUUAAUUAAUGGUUCUUGCUCACUUAUUGUAAACGAUGAUAAAUAUAAAGAAAAUGGAAAAUUAGAAAAUGUGAACGACAAAGAAAAGGAAAUAUUUUACAAUAGAGAAAGCAAAGAGAGUAUAAACGUAGAAAAAAAUGGAAGGAUAUGGCACAAUAAUGAAAAAAAUAUAGAAUUUGGAAAAACUAAAAUAAGAAGAAAAAACAUGAGCUUUACAGACGAGGAAGUACGGAAAAUUGAACAUGAAAAUGAACUUUUAUUAAGAAAAAUAAUGGCACAACACCAACCUCGUGAUAAAGUUUUUAGAGGAAAUAUUCUAUCCAAAAUGAGUAGUUCAGCUAUAAAUAGGAAAAGAUUACAAAAGAAAAUAGAGGGAGAUAAUAUGAUACUUCUUCGUAGAAUACAACAAGCAAAACCAUGUGUGAUACCAAAGUCAACUGCGCCAGGUUAUAGAAUGACUUUUAUAUGAUUAUCAAAUUAAUUAGAAUCUAAGAUUGCUAUAUUUAUAUCAAGAUUUUAUUUACUAAAUCUAUAAUUAUAUGUUUCUAAAAAUGUAUAAAAUGUAUUACAUUUUAUGGCACUAUUUUUAUCUAAUAUAUCCAAAUGUAAAAUACUACUUCUUCAUAUCGUAAUAUAUUUAAAAAGAUUGAUAAUUGUGCAAUCAUUAUGAGAUUUUUAUUGAAACAGUAAUUACCAGUCUUGAAGAGUAGGUACAUAUUUUUAUUUUGCUUUGUAUACAUCACAACUUUGUAAAAUGUCUUGAAAACUUACUACAGAAAUUUCUACAAGUCAAGACUAUAAAAAUCACAGUUCUCACUCGUUUUUUAAUAACUUAAUUAUCAUUUGUGUAUUACCAGAAUUACAAUAUUCUCAGAUAUUAUUGAGUACCGUGAAUAUUUUUACAAUAAAAAUAUGAGCAAUGGAAAAAGAAAAACAAAAAACAAUGCAAUUGAGAAUCAAAUUCAUUGAAAUUUGAAUGAUUAUAUAAUUAUGUUUA